CAGAGCGCACGCAGCCUUGCAGCUUUUGCGAUCUCGGACAAGACCGCAAAAAAGCCCACAAUGUCCAUGGAGACGAGAUGUUAACGUCCUAUUACACCAUGACCGGGUCAGGCGAGAACCCAAACUUGAUUAACUUGUAGACAACAAAAUGUCGAGGUCUUCAAUCGCCAGCUCUUCCUCUCGUUGAGGUACCUAUGUGCCCAGAUCAUCCAUGCAAGCGAAACCAUGUCCAAUGAUGACGCCGACAAUGAUGCUGUAGUCAUCCUCGGUGGAGGUAUCAUUGGUCUAUCAAUAGCAUAUCACCUCUCUAAGUCUGCGGACUUCAAGCGGCACAUUCACAUCAUUGACUCGGCAUCCAAGCUGCUUGAAUCGGCCUCUGGCUAUGCAGGCGGCUUCCUCGCGCGCGACUGGUUCAGGCCCGAAUCCGCAGCUCUCGGCGAACUGUCAUUUGAGCUCCAUCGCCAACUCGCGGAUGCACAUGGCGGUCACAGACGCUGGGGCUACGCCGGAUCCCAUGUCUACAGUAUGAGUCUACACGGCGAGCCUGAAGGUUCCCGCGUCGAGGAUUGGUUGCUGGAGGGUACAAGUCGCGCUGCGGCCGUCGGGCGGCGGGCGGAAGGCCACGUCUCGGCGCCGGGUGAGCAGGUGAACGACGAUGGCACACCCGCAUGGAUGGUCACUCAGGAUGGCGCGUCGUGGAACGUUGUUUCCGGCGCUGAAGAUUGUGCGCAGGUCGAGCCGCGUAGGCUGUGCGAGUUCCUUGUGGAGGAGUGUCGGCGGCGAGGUGUGGAAAUGCAUCUGAGCACACGCGCGACUGGUGUCAUUACGACUGGUGAUGGCAAGAUUGUCGGAGUGGAAACCGAGUCAACAGACCAGGAAUCGGGUGUUAGGUCCUUGCGUUGCAGCGACAUCGUCGUUGCUGCAGGCUGUUGGACACCACGGAUCAUCGAGACCUUGUUCCCACGAAACCGUGCCAAAGUCGAGAUCGAUCCUUUGGCGGGACACAGCAUUCUUUACAGGACACCGCGGUACGCGAAACCGUUCGGCAAUGUUGCCUGUGGUCAGCAGGACAAGUUCCAUGGCAAAGACGAAAAUAUUGCCUACGCCUUCUAUUGUCCACCAACGGAGUCCUGGUCCUGGGCGCCCGAAGCGUAUGCUCGGCUCAAUGCAGACUCCAAGCCUGAAAUAUGGGUUGGAGGGCUCAACCACGACGAAACCGUGCUACCUCUGCCAGAGUUGGCGACAGAUACGAAGAAGAUGAUCAACAGGGAGAGCCUCGCUGAGCUGCGAAAGGUGGCGGUCACAUUGACUGGGCUGAAACAGCCGGGCAGACAAGCAGCAGAGGAUGAUCUGGAAGUGGAAUGGGAGGGCCUUUGCUUCAGACCGGUCAGCAGAUCGGGCGUGCCCAUCAUCGGGCAGAUCUUGCCCAAAGACUUGGGAGUAGGCUUUCAAGUAAGCUCGGGUGCGAAGGUCUGGGUUGCAAGCGGCCAUGGACCUUGGGGAAUAUCACUGUCUUUGGGCACGGGCGUGGUCAUGGGCGAUCUGAUCAAUGGACAUGAGCCCAGGGUGGAUAUUUCGGGUCUGAAGCCGGAGUCGAGGGUAAGUAGUAAGCUAUGAUAGAAGAACUCUUCAGAACGUCUUGUUUAUUCCUCGAGAAUACGCCUGUCGCUGUGGUGGGAGAAACAUCGCCUUUCAUCUUUGUAAUCUCGCAACACCGCCUGUACAUCAAGCCCAUAGUUCUCAGUAUCUGAGUCAGCGACACUCUCUCCGAUGUCUAUGCCCUUGGCCCAGACAGUUGCGACCAUGACAGACUGGCAUGCGACGACCGACAUGCGCACCAGUACCAUUCAUUCGCACCCAUCAGGCGAUAUGCUCCGACAGUGUCCUCAUUGCGAGCGAUAUUUGUCAUCAGCUGCAAGCGUCAGCGCCGGGCUAUCGAGGUCAAUGAGAGGCUGCAAU